CAGCCCACACUUUCUCAACUUCCACCUCCGGUACUAUCGCUCUCUCUUUCUCUCAGUUUCAGAGAAACAAAGACCAACAUGAAAAUCAAUCAAUCUUGCUUUUCCUGUGCGAUUACUUUCCUAUUGAUCCUCCUGCAUCCCAAACACUUAACCCUGUCCCUCGCCGAGCUGGCCGCAUCCUCUUACGAUGCAGUCUUCUCCGCUGACCGGAGAUGUCACGGCCUGGAGAAAAAAGCCCGGACGAAGAACUCACUGACAACCUCCGCCGCUUGCAAAAACCAGACGCUCCGAUCAGGAACAGAGCUAUCGGGCUGCCAAAUAUGGACGGAAGCAUGGUCGGAGGCGGUGCUGGGAAUCGCGCGGCAACAGGAGAUGGUGGAGUGGCUGAAAAGAUUGAGGAGGAGGAUCCACGAGAAUCCGGAGCUGGCUUUCGAGGAAACCGAGACGAGCCGGUUGAUAAGAGAGGAGCUGGAUCGGAUGGAAGUUAGUUAUCGAUACCCUCUGGCCCAGACCGGUAUUCGGGCCUGGAUCGGCACGGGCGGUCCGCCUUUUGUUGCCAUCAGAGCUGACAUGGACGCACUCCCCAUUCAGGAAGCAGUGGAAUGGGAGUACAAAUCUAAAGUUGCGGGUAAAAUGCAUGCUUGUGGGCACGACGCACAUGUGACCAUGCUCGUUGGUGCUGCCAAAAUCCUCAAGAGUCGCGAGCAUUUAUUGAAGGGAACUGUGGUACUGAUAUUCCAGCCAGCGGAGGAAGCUGGGAAUGGAGCAAAGCGAAUGAUAGAAGAGGGUGCUCUGGAAGAUGUGGAGGCUAUAUUUGCCGCUCAUGUAUCCCAUCAGCUCCCAACCGGCAUUAUUGGUUCGAGGCCCGGACCUCUGCUCGCCGGCUGUGGCUUUUUCAGAGCUGUCAUUAGCGGCAAAAAGGCUCGAGCUGCCACCCCACACCACUCUCUUGAUCAACUCUUGGCUGCUUCGGCCGCUGUCAUCAGCUUACAGGGUAUUGUUUCUCGAGAAUCAGACCCAUUAGAUUCCCAGGUUGUCUCAGUGACUUCUUUCGACGGAGGAAACAAUCUUGACAUGAUACCGGACAGAGUGGUUCUCGGUGGGACUUUCAGAGCUUUCUCUAACGCAAGCUUUUACCAGCUCCUUGAAAGAAUAGAGCAGGUGAUGGUGGAACAAGCCAGCGUCUACAGAUGCUCGGCAGAAGUAGACUUCUUCGAAAAGGAAUACACCAUUUAUCCUCCGACAGUGAACAAUGAUAGAACUUAUGCGCACGUGAGGAAAGCGGCGACGGAUUUGCUGGGCGAAACAAGUUUCAGGGUGGUCCCACCCAUGAUGGGUGCCGAAGACUUCUCCUUCUUUUCGGAGGUCGUGCCGGCUGCUUUCUUCUACAUAGGGAUCAGGAACGAGACGCUGGGAUCUACUCACACCGGGCAUUCUCCUCUUUUUAUGAUCGAUGAAGAUGUUCUUCCCAUCGGCGCUGCCACUCACGCCACCAUUGCCGAAAGGUACCUCAUUCAACACCAUUGAUUCCGCGUAUUUCUGGGCAGGCUCUCGUGUCUCCGGUUUGAACUUAUUCACAACUUCUGUACAAAAUUAGAAAAGAAAACUAGAAAAGUUAUGUUGUUCUGGAGUUGUUACUUGGGUUGGGCUUGUAGAGAUAGAGUCAGAACAAAGCCCAUCCUGUAGCGAAGUGGAGAUCCAGAAAAGUUGUCAUAUGGAUUUAAUGUCAAGUUUGUCGAUGAUGCUUCAAUUCUAUUGAUUUUGAGGCAGA